UCCAUAUUCAUAGACCAGAGAUUUUCAAUAGCUUGAAAAACUUAUAGUUUGAUAUUGUCACAUAAAAGAAAAACAUACAUAUUGUUCACGCAGUGACGCAGCAAGGGGCGUUGUAUCCUAUAUCUCUGGCUUUUAGAGUGUCUGUGAUUAAAUCUCCGGGCCCAAUGACUCUAGUUACCCAUCCUUGUCUGACUGCACUUGUUGGGGUUGUUACAUUCAUCGCUGGAGUUUCGCUUUCACUUUCGAGGAACCUCGGGGGCGUUGCUAUCCGUGAUCUCGCCAACUAACGGACAACACCUCUAAUAUACACUCGCCAUAAUCUAAACAGAUAUAAUAUCCUGUACUAGUGUUUGUGUUGGCCCCCAAUGGCUCUCGUCACUCUGCCUCCCGAGCUCCGGACCAUCUGUCGAAGAUUGACAUCAACGAAGGUUGAACAAUUGCCGCCUCUCUUACCACUCCUUUUGAAGGAAGUAGGACGUUGCCAGGAACAUAUUUCUCAGCCCUGGGGAGCAUCUUCGGAGGCCUCUGUUUUGAUCCACAAACUGAAAACUCACAUAACGAGCCUGCUCAAUGGGAGGACAUCUCAGGGUCGGUUUGUGGGGGCGGCUUUAGUGAAGGCAGUCGUUGAGGCUGGGGGCUGGGAAUGCCUUCGGACGUCUGGACCGUGGGUAAGCGGGUUGAUUUCUGCGAUACAGAAAAAGGAUCCUACCGUCGCCAAAGAGUUAUAUAUAGUGACACUCACCAAGAUCUUCACAUUAAUGCAUGGCUUCCCAACUUUGGUGAGAGAGCUGGUAACUCCCUCUUUAUCUGGGUUCGUGACAGCUUGUCUACGGGUACUCAAGCCACCGACUUCCAGCAAAGUAGGGAAGGCUCCUUAUAGCCUUGUUGAGACCAUCUUUGAGGCGAUUUCGACUUUAAUCCCUCUUCACCCAACUACUCUCAGGCAAUUCUCUGGAAAAUUUAGAACCGAACUACAGCCAUUUUUGGCUCCGACUAUCUCUGACAACGUCUUAAUUCCCGCCACACUACAGAUGAGCAGUAGACAUUUAGCAAUCCGGCUUCACAUGACGGCAGCAAAAGGUGGAGAUUCCACCGAAUGGACUAAGCAUCUUGAGGACCUUGUUCAAGCGCUGCACUCGACAGCCGAUCAAGUGUUCCGAGCUGUACACGAAAUCUGGGAGUCAACGAUUGGUUACAAGCCGCAAAAGGUGGACUAUGAUGCUGAACCGCAAGGGAGCAAUGGAGACUCGGAGCAGUUUCCUGGCUGGGUCGGUGUGCAAGCUGGUGGUGAGCGGAUUAUCGGUCUGCUCGACUUUAUAGCAGAUCAUCUCCGUUGCCACACUCGGGUAGCAAUUGCCAUCCCAAUUACCGCCAUAAUGGAUGUCUCGUCGAGAAUUUCUUCGAUCAAGCCACCAAUGUCCAGCAAGGAAAGAACUGACACGGGAAUGAACUCUGCGAUCGGAAGGGAGGAGAGAGAUGAACUAUGGACAGUGUUUCCUGAUAUACAGAUCGCUGUCAUGAGGAUGCAUCUGGCUUUAAUCCAGAGAAUGGAAAGAAAUUACAUCCCGCUAGCUCCGGAGACUCUGGACCAGAGUCUACGGAUUCUGCAAUCUACAUACAGACUGCCGCAGGCGCGAACGACGACAUCUAUCCUCAUUAAAGAGAUACUUUAUUUAUGCGGUCCCACAUUAUCUAAGCCCACUGUCGAGAGUUUGAGUCUCCUCAUGAAGUGUUGUUGCCGCGAUCUGCUUGGAGCAGUCGGCUAUCUACCAAAACCGAAACCUCAAGGUUCCUCUACAGCCCAGAAUGGGCAGAACCCGAAGACGAUUUCUCAGAACGCCGAUGCUUUCCUGCCAAGCAAAUCACAAGACGAUAAGAUGUCUGUGUCUCUGAGCGCUGAGCAUAUUAGCGCUUCUGAGGCGUUAUUAACUACUCUGUUCAGUCAUUUACCCCAGCAAUACAUUCCCUCCUCAAUUCGGUCUCAAAUGGUCAAGACGGCAAUCCUCUGUCGUAACAGAGAUGCACAGGUCGCAAGCAUACUCCAUCCAGCUCGCGACCGGAGUGGGCGCACGACCCAAGUCAUCCUACCAUACAUCACGCAGCAGUUCCCCAGGGACGAAAGCGUAGAGAUCCUGCGCUUCAACUUCCGCCCUAUGGCCACGGGGCCCUCUAACGAAUUCAUGGAGACAGACGAUACGAUGGCUAUAGAAGAAGACGAGGCCGAAGUAGAAUCCAAAACGAACGGUUUCUCAUUUGGACAAGGAUAUACCGGCCAGAUCUCGAGCUCGUUUGCGGCGGCGGCGCCGGCAACACAAUCCAUGACACCUAAUCUUAUUCCCACACGCAGCGCCGAGGCCAUCCAGACUCCUUUCCUCGCACCCUCAUCGGAGACAAAGAUACAGUCAGAGUCAGAUUCAACUUUUGUGGAAUCCCACUCCACCUCAACGAGUUCCCUGAAGCGGAAAAACGAGGAUGCCACUGCAGAAAUCAGCCUCUCGAAACGCGUCGAGAUUGACAUUACAAGGGCGUCCGUGGCAGGCACGACAACAAGUCCUUCGGAAACUACCGGUGACACCAGGGCUCCUACCAUUAUGUCCACAUCGAGACAAGGUUGCGAAGACGAUAGCAGUGACGAUGAAAGCGUGCAUCUGAACAUGGAUUUGGACUCGGGCGAUGAAGAAGACGACGACGAAUGAAGAGGGGUUUCAGCUGACGAGCCAAGCCAAGUUGGGUAUGCAGAGUCUCAAUCUCGCCGCUAGAUAGCUAUGGAAAUGCGCUCAAG